CGGCCAUGUACUCCUUGCCCUCAGUUGACCUCUUCACUUCCGUUCUGUCUCCAUGGUUCCAGCCUAGGCCGGGAGAGCUUGGGAACCUCGAGCAUUUCCCUCCCCCUCGUUUUUUGCGACAGUUGCAGCGAAAGUCACGGCAGUGUAGGCUGGUGUCAGCUGAUUUACCGCAGCGGCAGCAGCGGCGGCGUUGGCAGUAGAUUCACGGUGCAGCCCCGGUGGGGAUCGGGGGCUCGGCUGGGUUUUUGGUCCCCAAGGUUUUCCUACCCGGAUUUUCCCACCACAAACAAUCGUCCUAGAUACGUCCUUGCCUCGUGCUCCUUUGCCUAGGCGUCUACCUGUGGUCCGACAGACAACAUCACGGCAUGAGAUGAAGCUGUGACAGAUGGGGAAGCUGAGACACGGAGGGGUCACCUUUUCAAGAUCGCAUAGAAGAGCCAGGACUUGAGUGAAGUUCUUCUGUCUAUCUGAAAACACAAUGGCAGGAAACAGCCUCGUUCUCCCCAUCGUCCUUUGGGGUCGCAGGGCACCAACACAUUGCAUCUCAGCAGUGCUUUUAACAGACGACGGGGCCACAGUCGUAACUGGAUGCCACGAUGGACAGAUAUGUCUCUGGGAUCUUUCCGUAGAAUUGGAAGUUAAUCCUCGAGCACUGUUAUUUGGUCAUACGGCUUCAAUCACCUGUUUGUCUAAAGCAUGUGCUUCUAGUGAUAAACAAUAUAUUGUGAGUGCAUCUGCAAGUGGAGAGAUGUGUCUCUGGGAUGUGAGUGAUGGCAGAUGCAUUGAAUUUACAAAAUUAGCCUGCACACAUACUGGCAUACAGUUCUAUCAGUUCUCUGUUGGAAAUCAGAGAGAAGGAAGGCUUUUGUGCCAUGGCCAUUAUCCUGAAAUCCUUGUUGUGGAUGCCACCAGCCUUGAGGUGUUGUACUCCUUAGUAUCAAAGAUAUCUCCAGACUGGAUUAGCUCCAUGAGUAUCAUUCGAUCCCACCGAACACAAGAGGACACGGUGGUAGCCCUCUCAGUGACAGGCAUCUUGAAGGUGUGGAUUGUCACCUCUGAAAUAAGUGGCCUGCAGGAUACCGAGCCAAUAUUUGAGGAGGAAUCCAAGCCAAUUUAUUGUCAGAAUUGCCAAAGCAUCUCUUUUUGUGCAUUCACACAAAGGUCCCUUUUGGUUGUGUGCUCCAAAUAUUGGAGGGUAUAUGAUGCUGGAGACUAUUCCCUGCUGUGUUCAGGUCCUAGUGAAAAUGGACAGACGUGGACGGGAGGUGACUUUGUAUCAGCAGAUAAAGUAAUCAUUUGGACUGAGAAUGGGCAAAGUUAUAUUUACAAACUACCUGCCAGUUGCCUUCCAGCUAGUGAUUCAUUCCGCAGUGAUGUAGGGAAAGCAGUUGAAAAUUUAAUUCCUCCUGUGCAACAUAGCCUCUUGGAUCGAACAGAUAAAGAGUUGCUAAUUUGUCCUCCUGUUACUCGGUUCUUCUACGGAGCCAGAGAACACUCCCAUAAACUGUUAAUUCAGGGAGACUCCUCUGGAAGUUUGAAUAUUUGGAACAUUUCAGACACACCUGAUAAACAGGAAGGUGAAGAGGGUAAAAGUAAAUCAGGAUUGGAAAUAACAACUUCUGUUAGUUUGCAAGAGGCAUUUGAUAAGCUCAGCCCUUGUCCUGCUGGAAUUAUAGAUCAACUGAGUGUGAUUCCCAAUAGUAAUGUACCUCUUAAAGUAACCGCAAGUGUGUACAUACCAGCACAUGGACGACUUGUUUGUGGCCGCGAAGACGGAAGCAUCGUCAUUGUACCUGCCACACAGACAGCCAUUGUACAGCUGCUACAAGGGGAACACAUGCUCCGAAGAGGCUGGCCACCUCACAGAGCUCUCCGCGGUCAUCGGAACAAAGUCACGUGUUUGCUGUAUCCGCAUCAGGUCUCGGCUCGCUAUGAUCAGAGAUACCUGGUGUCUGGAGGUGUGGAUUUUUCGGUCAUAAUUUGGGACAUAUUUUCUGGAGAAAUGAAACAUAUCUUCUGUGUACAUGGUGGCGAGAUUACUCAACUCCUAGUUCCACCUGAAAACUGUAGUGCGCGAGUGCAGCACUGCGUCUGCUCUGUAGCCAGCGACCACUCCGUAGGCCUCCUAAGUUUGCGAGAGAAGAAGUGCAUCAUGCUGGCCUCCCGUCACCUCUUCCCCAUUCAGGUGAUUAAGUGGAGGCCCUCUGACGAUUACCUGGUAGUGGGAUGUUCAGAUGGCUCUGUGUACGUCUGGCAAAUGGACACUGGCGCAUUGGAUCGCUGCGUGAUGGGCAUAACGGCCGUGGAGAUACUGAGUGCUUGUGACGAAGCGGUUCCCGCAGCCGUCGAUUCGCUCAGUCACCCCGCAGUCAAUCUGAAGCAAGCCAUGACAAGACGCAGCCUUGCGGCUCUGAAAAACAUGGCCCAUCAUAAGCUGCAAACCCUCGCAACGAAUCUCUUGGCGUCUGAGGCAUCUGACAAAGGAAAUUUACCUAAAUAUUCUCAUAACUCCCUGAUGGUUCAAGCAAUAAAGACAAACCUAACAGACCCGGACGUACACGUGCUUUUCUUUGAUGUGGAAGCGUUGAUUAUUCAGCUGAUUAUCCUGACUGAAGAAGCCUCUAGGCCGAACACGGCACUUAUUUCCCCAGAGAAUUUGCAGAAAGCAUCUGGCCGGGCAGACAAAGGGGGCUCUUUUCUAACUGGAAAACGAGCAGCCGUUCUCUUCCAACAAGUGAAAGAGACUAUCAAAGAGAACAUAAAGGAGCAUCUCCUUGAUGAUGAAGAGGAGGAUGAGGAGACAAUGAGGCAGAGGAGGGAAGAAAGUGACCCUGAAUAUCGGGCCAGCAAGUCUAAGCCAUUGACCCUAUUAGAAUAUAAUCUAACCAUGGACACCGCAAAGCUGUUCAUGUCCUGCCUUCACGCCUGGGGCUUGAAUGAAGUGCUGGAUGAAGUUUGUCUUGACCGCCUCGGCAUGCUGAAACCCCACUGCCCGGUGUCCUUCGGUCUCUUGUCGAGAGGAGGCCACAUGUCCCUGAUGCUUCCUGGGUAUAAUCGGGCUGCUGGUAAACUGUCACAUGGGAAAGCAGAAGUAGAAAAGAAGCCGCCAGCCACUGAGGGAGUGGGAAGGGGCACUUACGGAGUGUCCCGAGCCGUCACCACACAGCAUCUGCUGUCCGUCAUAUCUUUGGCAAAUACCCUGAUGAGUAUGACCAACGCAACUUUCAUUGGUGAUCAUAUGAAGAAGGGCCCUACCAGGCCACCUAGACCAAGCACCCCAGACCUUUCUAAGGCACGGGGUUCCCCGCCAACUUCCAGAAAUAUAGUGCAAGGACAAAUUAAACAAGCUCCUGCGCCUGUCAUUUCCGCUCGGUCUGAUGCUGAUCGCUCUGGCUCUGACCCCACUUCUACUCCUGCUUUACAUACCUGUUUCUUAGUAAAUGAAGGAUGGAGUCAGCUGGCUGCUAUGCACUGUGUUAUGCUGCCAGACCUGCUAGGACUGGACAAAUUCAGGCCCCCGCUUCUGGAGAUGCUCGCUCGGAGGUGGCAAGACCGGUGCUUGGAGGUCAGAGAAGCCGCGCAGGCGCUGCUCCUGGCGGAGCUGAGAAGAAUUGAGCAGGCGGGGCGGAAGGAAGCCAUCGAUGCCUGGGCCCCUUAUUUACCUCAGUACAUGGACCACGUCAUGUCGCCUGGGGUCUCGGCCGAGGCCAUGCAGACGGUCACCACGGCUCCAGACACCACAUCGGGGACCGAGGCCAAAGCCCAAGAGGAAGAGCACGACCUUGUAGAUGAUGACAUCACUGCUGGUUGCUUAUCAAGUGUCCCACAAAUGAAAAAAAUUUCCACAUCUUACGAGGAAAGAAGGAAACAAGCCACUGCUAUUGUUUUACUAGGAGUAAUAGGAGCUGAAUUUGGUGCUGAAAUUGAACCUCCUAAGCUGUUGACCAGACCGCGAAGCUCUAGUCAGAUUCCUGAGGGCUUUGGUUUGACUAGUGGUGGAUCCAACUACUCACUGGCCAGGCAUACUUGCAAGGCACUGACGUUCCUCUUGCUGCAGCCGCCGAGCCCCAAACUGCCCCCGCACAGCACCAUCCGGAGGACGGCCAUCGACCUGAUCGGACGCGGGUUCACAGUGUGGGAGCCGUACAUGGAUGUGUCUGCCGUGCUCAUGGGGCUGCUAGAACUUUGUGCUGAUGCUGAGAAGCAGCUUGCCAACAUCACAAUGGGGCUGCCUCUGAGCCCAGCAGCUGACUCCGCCCGCUCGGCCAGGCACGCCCUCUCACUCAUCGCCACGGCCAGACCACCCGCCUUCAUCACCACGAUCGCCAAAGAGGUCCACAGACACACUGCUCUUGCGGCAAAUACCCAAUCGCAGCAGAAUAUGCACACGACAACUCUCGCACGAGCUAAAGGGGAGAUUCUGAGAGUCAUCGAAAUUCUUAUUGAAAAGAUGCCCACAGAUGUUGUGGAUCUUCUUGUGGAGGUUAUGGACAUCAUUAUGUACUGCCUUGAAGGAUCUCUAGUUAAAAAGAAAGGCCUUCAGGAAUGUUUCCCAGCCAUCUGCAGGUUCUACAUGGUCAGCUAUUACGAGCGGAAUCACAGGAUCGCUGUUGGAGCGCGCAAUGGCUCAGUGGCCCUUUACGACAUCCGGACUGGAAAAUGUCAGACGAUCCACGGACACAAGGGACCCAUCACCGCGGUGGGCUUUGCUCCUGACGGGCGCUAUCUCGCCACCUACUCAAACACUGACAGCCACAUUUCCUUCUGGCAGAUGAACACCUCUCUGCUGGGGAGCAUCGGCAUGCUGAACUCGGCCCCUCAGCUGCGCUGCGUCAAAACCUACCAGGUGCCCCCUGUGCAGCCGGCCUCCCCCGGCCCCCACAACGCCCUCAAACUGGCGCGGCUCAUCUGGACGUCCAACCGCAACGUCAUCCUGAUGGCCCACGACGGGAAGGAGCACCGCUUCAUGGUCUGAGGCCGGCGUCAGCCGCGCGCGUCUCCGCGCCUUCCGUUCUGCGCCCCCGCUGAGAUCCCGCCGUCCUUGCCCCGGGGCCGGGUCGCCCCUCGGGGCCUGCCCACCCAGGGUUCCCCAGGGUCGCGGCCAGGUCUGUGUCACUUCUGCAUGAUCUGGGACAGACGCCUGCUCGUGCCACCUCCCGGUUCUGAGGCAGGCACACAUGGCUCGGCAGGCUGUGGCCCUUCUGUCACUAGGUCGCUUUCCCUGCGAGAGGGAGGGGCAGCCGGCUGUCCCUGGGAACGCUCCGUGGCUGGGUGCAGCCGAGCCCGAAAAUCAAUAAACACCGUGAUUGCAGCCCAGCCCAGGUCAGCGUUUUCCUCGAGCUGAACCCCCUUUCUGAAGCGCUGCUCCAGUCUGGCCGUUUUGACUUGGGUUUGAGGUCACUUGGCAGUCCUAAUUGUCAAAAUUAUUUUCCUUGGGAUUUCCUAAAACAUACUAUUGUUUACCAAAAAGAUUCUGUGUUUACAUGGGUUUUUUUUCCUUCAGCUGAUUGUUAGGAAAUUGCUCAAUCGAUUUCCUAGGGUUUAGCCACUACCUUCUUUAUCAAUAAUACCUAACUGAUUUGAGAUUAAUGAGAAAAUAUACAAAAGCCAUUUUUCCCUUGUGGAGAAUGCAGUUUCCCAGACACCUGGCACUCUAAAAUGCUCCCACCCUGCUUCAGGCCGGCGUAGUUAGUGGUUUACAAAUAAAAACCGUCUCUACGGAUGAUCUAGUUAAUAUGAUUAUCCACUCGCUAUAACUAAUCUCUUAAACAGACUUUUAUAAUAAAAAGCCAAGCGUGGAAGCAUAACACACGCCUAAAAAGAAGGCAGGUGUGUCUGUCGCCACAGAGCUUUUCAAGAAAGAGCUUCCCUUCCCCUCCAGAAACUGUACAGCCCUGCAGACCUCUGCAUACAACUGAUAUCAGUUGUAAUAGUUACAGUUCAGCCUCCAAACUACUACCGACCAAUUAAAGAAAAACUAAGGCAGCGUUUCCUUUAAACAGCUAUCCUAGAACGUCAGUAACAGUGGCACCACGUUGAGGAGCACGCACAAAAAUGUGAGGCUCGAUCAGCCUGAUCAGACACGCACGGAGAAUGUUCGUCGCACUUUGAAGUCAGCUAUGACUAGGUCCCUUUCUCCUUAUGUCCCGUUCUGCUCAUUCUGGCUCCCAGUAAUGGGGGGAAAAUCCAUAAAAUAAUAUUUUGUAUGAAUUGCUCCUAACAAACCGUAAUCUGUAUAUAGUUGGGGAUUUGGUUGGUUGGUUAGUUGGGUAAAAUGGUUUAUUAAUGCAAAAAUAGAAAAUGAGUUAUGCAAUUGAGAGAAAAUAUGUAAAGUUUACAAAGGAACCAAAAUAAUAAUGGGAGCAUUUAAUUUAGAAAGCGAAGAUGUCAGGGUUGAUGGCAUAAACAAAAGAGUAAGAUCACAGUCUGGGAACAAGCACACCUAUGAUCCUAUUGAAGCGGAUUUGUGAAACUAAGACCAGAAGGACUCCUCUUUCCUGUUGAUAUGAAGUGUGUGAUUUCCAAUGAUGGAAAACUGUUCCUUUUUCCUGGUUGCAGACUUUGGGUGUUCUUUCACAAGUGAAUUUAUGAAACAUGCAUGUACAUUGUAUUUAUACAGAUUACAUAUGUAGUUUCCAGGAAGAGACAAAGAAUUACACAGUGUAGACUUUAUUUGUUGGCCGAACAUACUGCUGUGUUCGCUGUCGGUGGAGAAACCUGCGGUGAACUGAAGGGGCACUUGUUUCUCCCAGAGGCCUCCCAAGUCCUCGCGAGUCCCAGCACGUUUGCUUCGUGAACUUGAAUGGGGAUUAAUUUAUUCUGGACUAUACAGCUGCGCUGGAAUGAUGACGCGGGAUGCACCCUCAAGAUUUCUUUAAAACAAAAUGUUCAGUGCAUCCGGAGAAGAGCGUGCGACUGCAGGGCAGAGCACCACACGUGCACAGGUGGAUGGCGCACGCCAUGGAGAUUUAGAGUGACACCAGGGGACCCGCCAGAGCAACACGCCUGCGCAGCGGGCUUGGCCAGCCUGCCACGUGUUGUCUGCACAACAGACAAUUAUGGCCAAUACAAUAUUCUGAUUAUAGUGCUCUGGGGUGGACAAUAUUUGAGAGUUAGACAGGUGUCUCUAGCUACUAAACUAAUACUUGCAUUCUCGUUAACACAAACCUUCCCUUGGCUAUUUUGACAGCCACCCAGCUUAGGUUUGUCAGCACUGAGCUAAACUUUGUAUUGUCAUUCCAGUGUACGCUUUUAGUCGUUUAUUAAUUUCAUUGGCACUGUAUUUGGACCUGUCCUUAUAAACGUAGAGGCAUAUGUGGCUUCAUUGACAAUUUACAAGCAAAAGAUCACGUGACGUGACACCUGUAUGAAAAGGUAAUGCUUGAACCCACUGUGUACAGGGAGUGGAUUAAAAUAUCUGCCUCUCAAGAAAUUUCUUGACGACCCCACUUAAUAGACUCUGUGUGUGCUGAACGUUCCUCUGUACAUACGUGUGUUAAAUGAAACUGAAUUGUACUGAAGAUUGUUUUCCCCAUUAAAAACAUAUUCACU